AAGCCACAGUUCGCCUGAAAGAAGACAUGAAAAAGAUAGUGGCAGUGCCACUAAGUGAGCAGAAGAAUUCUACCUAUAAAAAGUUAUUUGGCGUCAGUCUCCAAGACCUUCAACAGCAGGGACUCACGGAGAAUGGCAUUCCAGCUGUAGUGGGGAAUAUCGUGGAGUACUUGACAAAGAAUGGACUCACCCAGGAAGGCCUUUUUAGGGUGAACGGCAACAUGAAGGUGGUGGAGCAGCUGCGCCUGAAGUUCGAGAGCGGCGUGCCCGUGGAGCUCCGGGAGGACGGCGACGUGUGCGCAGCGGCCAGUCUCUUAAAGCUCUUCCUGCGGGAGCUGCCCGACAGUGUGAUCCCCGCCGCCUUGCGGCCUCGGUUCAUUCAGCUCUUCCAGGAUGACAGAAAUGACGCUCAGGAGAAUAGCUUAAGAGCCUUAAUCAAAGAGCUGCCAGACACGCAUUACUGCCUCCUCAAGUACCUCUGCCGGUUCUUGACAAAGGUAGCCAAGCUCCAUGUGCAGAAUCGCAUGAAUGUCCACAAUCUCGCCACUGUGUUCGGGCCCAGUUGCUUUCAUGUGCCACCUGGGCUUGAAUGCAUGAAAGAACAAGACCUCUGCAACAAGAUAAUGGCUACAAUACUAGAAAAUUACAAUACCCUGUUUGAAGUAGAGCACACAGGAAGUGAUAACCAGAGUUGUGAAAACCCAACGAAGCUUAUCAUCGUAAAAGAGGCCAGUUGUAAGAACUCCAUACCCAUCCUCCUAACAAAAGACUUAGAAAGAGAUGUGCAAAAACCAUCUCCAAAAACCAAGAUCCCAAAGUCCAAGAGUGAGGGAUCUCUUCAGGUCCACAGGGUACCACGGCCAGAGCGAUGUGAUGGUGUUGCUCAGGUCAGCCUGCGGCUAAGUCGUAGAAAACCCGGCUGGGGUGACAUGAAUUCAGCAGAGGACGCUAGUGGGGCCAAGUUGGUAUCCAGUUCACAGGAGGAUGAAAGACCCAUGUCACCUUUCUGUUUGAGUGCCCGUGUAUCCCAAGUCAGCAGUGUUUCGACAACAGGAGAACUCUUAGAAAGAACUAUCCGGUCAGCUGUGGAGCAGCAUCUUUUUGAUGUUAGUAGCUCUGGAGGCCCAGGCUCAGAGGACUCAGAAUCUGGAACAUCCCUAGCCCCUCCCACCGCAUCCGCCAGGCAGCGCCGCCGCCAGUCCAAGGAGCAGGAUGAGGUUCGACGCGGCAGAGACCUGGGACUCAUCAACAAAGAAAAUAUUCCUUCUGGGCUCAGCAACCUGGAUGAUUGUAUUUUGAAUGCUCAGGAAGUGGAAAAUUUACAUGAAAAUACUUCUGGUUCUAUUGGAGAAAGGAGCAAACCCAAACGUCAGAAAUCCAGUUCCAGACUUAAUGAUCUCAAUGAAAAUCAAGACGAUCUUGUGAAUAUGGAAAGUCUCAACUCCACACCAUCUCAUGAGAGGGCUAGACCUGAUAAUAUUGAACUGAUGUCCAAUGACAGCAAAGAAAAUGAAAAAGACAGUGGCCACAGCCAGCAUUUUGAGAGCCCCACCAUGAAGAUCCAGGAGCACCCCAGCAUCCCCGACUCCAAACUGCAGCGGGCUCCUGAUGCCGACACCCAGCAGGAGAGCUUCGUCCUGGAAGGGCCCCAGCUGGACCUGACCGCCUUGUGUGAGGGAAAGAGCUGGGCAGAUCCCGUGCCUGCUUUGUCCUCAUGGCAGCAGGAGAACGGGGACUCUGACGAUGCGCCCCUCUCCCCACCAGCCGGGCGUCUCAUUCGUCAGCUUCUGGACGAAGAUAGCGACCCCAUGAUCUCUCCCCGGUUCUACAGUUAUGGGCAGAGUAGGCAAUACCUGGAUGACACGGAAGUGCCUCCUUCUCCCCCAAAUUCCCACUCUUUCAUGAGGCAACGGAGCUGCUCUCUGGGGUCCUACGAUGACGAACACGAGGACCUGACACCUGCCCAGCUCACGCGAAGGAUUCAGAGCCUUAAAAAGAAGAUCCGGAAGUUUGAGGACAGAUUCGAAGAAGAGAGGAAGUACAGACCCUCCCACAGCGACAAAGCAGCAAAUCCUGAGGUUCUGAAGUGGACAAACGAACUUGCCAAAUUCCGGAAACAACUAAAAGAGUCGAAACUAAAGAUAUCUGAAGAGGACCUAACCCCCAGGCUGCGGCAGCGAAGCAAUACACUCCCCAGGAGUUUUGGUUCCCAACUUGAGAAAGAAGAUGAGAAGAAGCAAGAGGUGGUAGAUAAAGCAAUCAAGCCCAACGUGGAAGCCACGCUGGACUCCAUCCAGCGGAAGCUGCAGGAGAAGCGGGCGGAGAGCAGCCGUCCCGAGGACAUUAAGGACAUGACCAAAGACCAGAUUGCUAAUGAGAAAGUGGCCCUGCAGAAAGCUCUGUUACAUUAUGAAAGCAUUCAUGGACGGCCGGUCACCAAGAAUGAGCGUCAGGUGAUGAAGCCACUCUAUGACAGGUACCGGCUGGUCAAACAGAUCCUGUCCCGAGCCAACACCAUGCCCAUCAUGGAAGAAGAGGAGGGUUCAGAAGACGAUGCCAACACCAAGCCAGACUUCACGGUCACUCUGAACACCGAGUUCAGCGCUCAUUGCUUUCUCGACCAAUUUGAAGAAGGCGCUGAUGGGUUUAUUUCCCCAAUGGAUGACAAAAUGCCAUCAAAAUGCAGCCAUGACUCCGGGCUUUCAAACCUGCAUGCUGCUUCAAUACCAGAACUCUUGGAACACCUUCAGGAAAUGAGAGAAGAAAAGAAGAGGAUUCGAAAGAAACUUCGUGAAUUUGAGGACAAUUUCUUCAGACAAAAUGGAAGAAGUGUCCAGAAGGAAGACCGCACUCCGAUGGCUGAAGAGUACAGCGAGUAUAAGCACAUCAAGGCGAAACUAAGGCUCUUGGAAGUGCUCAUCAGCAAGAGAGACGCCGAUUCCAAGUCCAUGUGAGGGGGCAGCCCCGCUGGAGCAGAGGGGCUGGCGGUGCCGGCGAACCUGCCUCCCCCGGUAAAGAGCAGCCCUGCAGACGCUGGAAGGCAGCCUCGGAGCUGGGCCUGCACAGCAUGGAGCCCUUCUGCCCCCAGGCCUUGGGAUCGGCUCCAGUUUCCAUCGCCUGCCUUAGAAACCGCCGCUGGAAGAAGGCCGCGCUGGUCCUGCCGUGGGAAUUCUGUAAGGGAAAGGCAGGAUCCCUGCGUCCCUGCGCACUCGGACACUGUGGCGGGAGCUUUUCCCACACUAGCGGCCAUGAAUCACUACCUGGAGGCACCCUCAUCCACAGAGAAGGUGCACCGUUCUUCCAUGGAUAACAGAAUGAAAUCCAACUGGGAUGAAACCCAGCUCAGGACUUCCCUGGAGCGAACUUGCUGGGCAGCUCCCUGUGCUCUCUGGACCCCAGAAAUGGGGAAUGUGCGUUGGAGCCCUCUUUGCUGCCUCGGCCAAUCCUGUGGCCUGUCCACAGAGCGGCGCCUUCCCCACUCGUGUGAAUUGUUCUCGUCGGCUCUCAGGGAGGUGGAAGCCGCGUCUGCAGAGCAGACCUCCCUGACCGAGGGCUUCAAGGCGUCCUCAGCGGCCCAGGAACCCUGAUCGCUGCGGGACUGGGCCAUCGCAGAGUUCAGAGGGAGGAGAGCAGGAGCUACGCUGAGGCCGGUGACGGGGUGACGAGCCUAGAAAAGCCUUUCCUGAACAUUGACUGCACUCACCAGUCUUCGGAUUUGAGCAUCAGAGACGAAGCGAGGCCAGCGUGUUGUAUGGGGCUCCCUUGUGGGCCUCGGUUUCGUGUUGGCAUUAGCCAAAUGCAAAGGGCCUUGUUUCAUUCUUAGCCGAAGUGCAUGAGGAUCGUGAGAGAGAGAGAGAGAGAGA